CUUCGUCUCCUUCCUUCCUUUGUGUUCGUCUUCUUCUUCAUCUUCUCAAAUUAGCCUUUUUCCUUAUUAUUAUCUUCCUCCUCACGCGUGAGAUUCGUUGUGGAUAUAAUUAAUUCUUCUCCUUAAUUCUCUGGUUUUACUUUUUUUUUCCAUGAUCCGAUUUUAAGGCUUUUUUCGGUAUAUCUUUGUCCUUUGUUCUAUCUGCAUCAAAAGUUUUCUGAGAUCUCUGAAGAUUUUUUUCUUUGGAUUUCGAAAUUGGAGAACUAGGGUUUUUUUGCGGUGCUAGGGUUUCGAAGAGCAUAAGAUAAAGAAUGCCUUCGGUGCCCUCAAAGCUACUUCUUGUUCUUCUUCUCCUUUCGUUGACUCCUUCGUUGACUCCUUAUCAUUCUGGUUUGAGUUCUUCUAAUCGUUCUAAACCUUUUGAAAAGAGUGAUUGGCGUGGUAAUCUUAGUUAACAUUUCAUAUUCCUUCUUCCCCUCUCUGCUCUCUUCUUUUUUACCCUUUUCCCUCUCUCUCUCGUCCUCGUCUCGUUCUUGAGAUUUCUUAGCUCGGAUACACAAUCUUUUAUCCAUCUCUGGUGUUUUCAUUUGCAACCCAAAAAGCUUUUUUAGUUGGAUAUGAGCUCUGUUUGUGGUAAGUUGGAUUUCAAAGAUGCAAGCUUUGAGAUUUCGGCUUCGAGUUCCACACAAUGUUCUAAAGGCUUCAAGCAUACUUCGUUUACUGGAUCUGAAGAUUCUCAGGAGUCUGAUGGAGGAGAUGAAACUGGUUAUAUACACCAAACUGUGAAUGAAGAAACUACUGAUGAUAUAAGGAUUCCAUCAAAUCCACUUUUAAGUCCCAACUCUUCUGAUGAUGAAGACAAGGAUGAGAAUCUUACGACUACACCAGUUGUUCUCAUCCCAGCCAUAAAAGGCAGUCGAGAGAAGCAUGGCUUGUCACUGAGGAAGACGAGUGUUUCAUGGGCGGCUGAUGUGUAUGAUCCUCCUCCCUCGAUAGCCUCCCACACAAGAAGCAAGAAACAGCAGCAGAAACCCAAGAGCAAAGACAACCAUAGGAAGACCGGAAAGAAAGGACAGAAGGGUAAAGACAACUCUUCCUCGCGUGGUGGCAGCAGCAAAGACAAGAAGAAAACUUCUCGCAAGCACAGCUGCGAGAAAUUUGAAUGGGUAACUCAGAUGCCUUUAGUUGCAGCAUCUUCUUGAAUGGCAUUGGCUUACUAAUUUCAUCACAUCUAUGAGCUUGGCCACCUCUUGUCUAAUAAUCAUCAAAUCUCUGUGUCUGUUUCUUGUUGAAUUUCAUAACUUUCCUUGUGUGUAAUAGAUGAUCCCUAAAUCGUUUGUUGCUUCUACUUUAUUCUUUUUUGGAUUUAGUUUCUCUGUGAGUUUCUUAUGUGUAAUAGAUGAUCGAUCAUCCCUAACACUAUUCUUGUAGUUUUGUUGCUUCUUUUUCCUUAUUGAGAUUUAACAGUUUCAAACGGAA